CGUAUGGGAUGUUUCAUAAAAUUAAUUAAUUAAGCACACCUGUGCUAAGACAGUUAAGCGAGAACUGCUGCUGAUUUUGAAUCUAACACAUAGGGGGGGAUAAAGUUGGACGGCAGACACAGGGACGUUGGUUUGUUGUGGGGGCGGAAUACAGCGAUAACACGUUAAUAUAAUUUUUAGCGAUAAAAUACCGAUAGAUAGAUAGAUAGAUAGAUAGAUAGAUAGAUGGAUGCUCCAAUGUGUGCAUGGCGUUGUUUGUGUUAGAAGCGUCUUUUGGAAUGCAUCCAGGCUCCAGCAUAGCACCAUAUACCGGGCGAGGGAAGGCGAGAGAUUGAUUACAGCAAAGAAGAGAGGAGGAGGAGGAGGAGGAGGAGGAGCUGGAGCGCCAACAAAACCCCCUCCGAGCGCUCACCUUGCACAGAGCAAGCAUGGCAGGCGACAGCGAGCAGCGCCUGGAAGACCAUGCUGAAAGUGACCACGCAAACAGGCAGCCGUUCCUCAUCGGAGUCGCCGGAGGCACUGCUAGCGGCAAGUCGUCAGUGUGCGGGAAGAUCAUGGAGCUGCUGGGUCAGAAUGAGAUUGACCACCACCAGAGACAGGUGGCCAUCCUGAGCCAGGACAGCUUCUACAGGGUGCUGACCGCAGAGCAGAAGGCCAAGGCUCUCAAGGGCCAGUUCAACUUUGACCACCCAGAUGCUUUUGACAACGAGUUGAUUCUGGAGACCCUCCGGGAAAUCGUGGAGGGGAAAACAGUUCAGAUCCCAGUAUAUGACUUCGUCACCCAUUCCAGGAAGGAGGAGACAGUGACGGUGUACCCGGCUGACGUGGUUCUGUUCGAGGGAAUCCUGAUGUUUUACUCCCAGGAGAUCCGGGACCUGUUUCAGAUGAAGCUCUUUGUGGACACGGAUGCAGACACCCGGCUCUCCAGGAGAGUGCUCCGGGACAUCAGUGAGCGAGCCAGAGAUCUGGAGCAGGUCCUCACGCAGUACAUCACCUUCGUCAAGCCUGCCUUCGAGGAGUUCUGUCUGCCAGUGAGUACCAGCUGUGCCUCCCUCGCCUUCACUACCUCUAUCUAUACCGUGUGCAGAGAGACAAAGAAGUACGCUGAUGUCAUCAUCCCACGAGGAGCUGAUAACCUUGUCGCCAUAAACUUGAUCGUGCAGCACAUCCAGGACAUUUUGAACGGGGGGCUGACGAAACGACAGAACGGUUGUUUAAACGGCUACAGCACCCCACGCAAGAGACAGCCAUCGGAGUCUAGCAGCCGGCCACACUGACCCCGCCCCCCCAGCCUGGCACAAGAGAGAACAAGGGAAGUGUUUUGUUGUAUAUACUGCCAGUCAACCGCACUGUAUUUAAUGAGAAAACAAAGCCAACACACAUCAAUGCCUUUCUUUUGUACUAUAAACUUAAUGCUUGAAGAAAGUCCUAAUUGUGGGACAGCUGCAGGUCAGUGGGUAAAGGUCCUUCUGUUUUUUGGUUGGGUCACUGUUUAAAAAUAAAAGAAAAAACCACGCAGUGAUGAAAUUAAGUAUUGUUGAGUAUGGUAAAUGUUUGCAUUGGGGGGGUCUUAUUUUUUUUUUCUUGUUUUUAGGCAGUGCAGUUUCCAUGAAUGCAAAACAUUUGGAUUAAAGGCAGUGCUAAAAUCCCUGCUUUGCAUUUGAGGCAACCGGGUUCUCAUGUAUUUAAAAGAAAAAAAGGUUUCACUGUGAACACUAAUGCAGCUGGGAAUUCUUUCUACAUUCUUGCAGGGCUGUGCUUGCCUCUCAUUGCUUUAUUUAUUUAUUUUCUUUAUUUAUCACUUCUAAUUGUUUUGAUCAUGGCUGAUUGCUUAGAAUGGAUUGGUUCUUGGUUACGGUGAUCUAACAGGACAAGAGACUUGUUUAAAAACCUGCAUUUAAGAAAAUAAAAAAAAAUAUAUAUUUUGCUUUCUACUGGACCUGCUUGGUCAAUGCUAUACAAAACACCUUGCUUUCCCUGUUUUGACCCACUUGAAACAAACCAGAGACCCUGCUUUAAGUUCAGCAUGCUGAUUUAGCCUUUUCCAGUAGAAUUCACCGCUCCUGCCCAAUCCUCUGGGCUUUUCAUUCCACCCACCCCCCCCCCCCCCCAUGCAAGUGAAACCCAGGAGGCCUGUUUCUGUGGGGACCCCCACUUCUCAAAGACCCUGAUGCAAUCUGGAGCUGCUAGGUCCUGGCAGGCUUCUGUCGGACACCCCGAUGCUUGAUCUGCUGCUAUAAAUCCCCUUUCAGUGCAGGAAAUGGACUGCUUCUCUACACAGUUUAAUAAAAAUAAGAUGUAUUUCUAUGCUGUGUUAGUGAGAGGGUGAUUGCAUUGAAUUCUUUGCCAUUGUAUUGCUGUCCAGAGGUUGGAAUAAACCCUUCUACGGAACCCCUCCUAAUCCUGGUCCCAUUCCAUGAUCCGUCUGUUCGUUUGGAGUGCACACACCCUCCUGCAUUGGUGGAACACCUUUGUUAGUUAUGUAGCUAAAAGCAUCCUAGAGGAACAUUUUGCUUUUAAAAUGUUAAACUCGCAAGGAGUGAUUUCCAGUCCUUAAUGUUGCUGUAUGAGCAGUGUUACUGAGAGCAGAGAGGUACACCUGGCUUCUUGUAAGAUGAACAAAAGUGAAUCUAAUACAGGCUUGCCUCCUUGAUUUUCAUGUAUAUGCAGUGGUGGAAGGCUUUUUUUUUUUUUUUUUUAAAUCCCUGGUGUUUUUCCAAUAGUUGCAAACAAUUCUGAAUCCAUGGUUGCAAUGCAUAUCAAGGUGUGUGCGAGUGUAUUUCAUAUACAAAUAUUACUCUGUAUAUUUCCUUUAUAUAUUUGUGUAUAUAAAUGGUCAUUCCACAGUGUUUGCUAUAACUGUACUGCUGUACUAUUUUAAAAAAUAAAUCCUGCAUUAAAACCUUGUGCUUCUUUAACACUUCUUAAUCUUAAUAGGCAGCGGUCCACUGUCCCGAACAAACCAUAUAGAAACAAAUGCAGUAUUUGUUCAUAGAUUUAUAUAUAUAUAUAUAUAUAUAUACACGGAGCCACACAUGCCUGUGUGUACCUUUUUUAUAUUGACUCCUGUAAAUGUACAUAUGCAUAUACAUUAAUUACAAGUGUGGGUAUAUUUGUAUAUGGAAAAGUGGCUGCUUUACAGCGUGUUUUGGGACUGGUGUCCAGUUCCCAGCCCAGCAGCAGCUGCUUCUGAUCUGCACUAACGCAGACUGCCUCAUUACCAUCCUGCAGCCUCCCCUGUAUCCAAUGCUGCGUUACCCUGGGUGUGCUUGUUCAAUGUCUUCUGGUUAGCCUCUUAAAGGAGUCGUCCGUUGUGUCCACUGCUGCUCUUUCUGAGGAAUCCUUUUCCAGACCCUGAGUUGACCAUGUGUGUGCUUGCAGUGUGGUUGUGUCAGCGAGCCCUCCACGUGGCAUGGUCACAAGGACCACAGCACCCUGCUAAAUCUGAACAGUCUGGCAGAGGAGGGAGGGUACUAACUCCUCCUCAAACUGCACAGGUCACUGGGAGCGGGGAAGGGGUCAAACUCCACUGAGCCAAAAGUAAGAACACUGCAUGCGUCGUCCCAAACCUUAGUGCUAACGUGGAAUGGGUCGGAGGGGAAUGCAAUGCAUUCAGCUUUUUUAUGCAACUUCACCCCUGUGUGUGGCAUUAGACCCAUCGGGGUUAGACUAGAUACUGUAGCUGUCCCUGUGUGGAACGGGUGAAUGCCUUGACCCGCUCUGGUGGUACCCCCUGCAAAUUGUGUCCCUCGAGCUGGGAAGUGCAUUUUGAAGUAAUAAGUGGGAUAUCGGAUGGUGAUUGGUAGAGCGCUGCAGUGUGUUCAGAGGGAGCUGCUGGGGACAGUCCUCGGAAGAGCUUGGUAGCAGAGCACUCUCUGCAGCAAUGUGUUUCUGUACCCACUCUACCGCGGGCUUGCUCAAGUGUUGCCUUGUAUUACCUUGCUCCAUGUAGUUAGUUGGGUGACCAUGUCUACAGGCAUGCAAAGUGCUGGUCUAUGCCUUGUCUUCAUGCUAUCUGCCUCAUUUAACCCCUUACCCUUGUAUUAUAGUGUAAAUGAUCAUAGAUGUUUAAGAAUGGCAGAUGCAGGGAGCAAAACUGUACCAUGUUGUGUAAUUAUAAAAUAAAGAUUUUCAAUGAAUAA